UUAAUGUGUGAAUUUUAUUUUCAGAUGGAGAUCUUUCCAUAUUCAGUAUUUUACAUGUUCUUUGAGCAAUAUCUUGACAUAUGGAAGACGGCAUUGAUCAACCUCUCCAUAGCCAUCGGUGCCGUCUUUGUUGUCUGUUUAGUCAUCACAUGCAGCUUUUGGAGCUCGGCAAUUAUUUUGCUGGUCAUCGCUAUGAUCAUCAUUGAUCUACUGGGGGUAAUGGCGGUCUUGCAUAUACAAUUGAAUGCACUCUCGGUUGUCAACCUUGUCAUGUCGGUUGGCAUAGCUGUCGAGUUCUGUGUUCACAUAACUCACGCAUUCUCGGUAAGCUCGGGGGACAAAAACCAGCGUAUGAAAGAGGCACUCGCUACCAUGGGAGCUUCGGUUUUCAGCGGAAUCACGCUAACAAAGUUAGUUGGAGUGAUUGUGCUCGGUUUCGCAAGAUCAGAGGUCUUUGUGGUUUACUACUUCAAGAUGUAUCUUGCAUUAGUCCUCCUUGGCUUCUUGCACGGCCUUGUCUUUUUACCUGUGUUCUUGAGCAUGUUCGGUCCAGCUCCAAGACAUGUGGAAGUAGAAAGACAAGAUCACCGGCCCUCAGUUUCAUCUUUGCCUUAGAACUUCUUCUUCUAGAUUUGCUUCUUCGUUUUUUUCUUUUCCUUUAUUCUUUUUACUUUUUCCGCUUGUAGUCUGUUGUUUUUAUUUACCAUCAAUAUGUAAAUGCUAAAAGAUAUUUCACCCAAAGGGAAAAAAGUUAGUUGCAUAGGAAAUCUCAUGAAAUGUUUUCGGGGUUU